AGCCCUUGCUAUUGAAUCAGUUGAAGUGGCUCAUUUGACUUGUGAGCACAGUGUCGAAAUGAUUCGGUUACUCAAAGCGCUUCUAUAUGGCCUGCUCCUCGUCUCCCCAUCCGAAUUGCUGGCCCGGCCAAAUGACAGAAAGUCGGCGAACGAGGCGAGUCUCUACAGCGACACGGACAAUGUGAUUAUGCUGGACAUCGAAUCGCUGAGGCCGGCUCUCAGCUUGAGGAACAGCAGCAAGCUGGUCCAGUUCCUCAACAGCUUCUGCGGCGAUUGCCAUCGCUUCGCACCGAUCUUCAAGACCCUCGCCCGCGACCUCUACAAGUGGCGGAGAGUUCUCCGGAUCUAUGCCGUGGAUUGCGCCCAGGAGCGGAAUGCCCAACUCUGCAGGGAGUUCAACAUCCGCCAGACGCCGUCAUUGCGUUUCAUUGGACCCGACAUGAGCAAGAACGACGAUGUUCUUGGUGCUGUAAUCCCAGGCCAAGAUCCCAAGUUUAUACGCACAACACUGGCCGAAUUGGUAUCCCAACAUGACUACGGACUCCAGCCAAACUUUCGUCCCCUAGAACCAAAUGGCACGGGCAUUUUCCUCGAUCUUCAAGAUGAGCAAAGUGCGGUGCAGUUCGUGGCACUUGUCCUCCAGCCACCAAAUUCCAAGAUCGGCAGGGAUACGCUGCUAGAACUGCUGCCAUUCCAAAUGCUGUCGGUGAGGAUCAUCGAAAACUCCCAGAUAUUUGCCCAAUUCGGACUGAAUCCCUCCGAGCAAAAGCUGGCCAUAAUUGAUAGAAAUGGAACCGCCCAGUAUCUGGCACCUGCGUCGGAUUCCAGUGAAGCCUAUGCAAGCACGGUUGGCGAUUUCCUGAGCAACCUCCAUUUCCGGCCAGAUCCACCACUACCCAUCGCUGCAGCGCCCAACUUCACAGAGUUCCUGGAUCAACAACAUCAAGCCAUCCUUGCUAAAGUCCUGGCGCCACCACUGAAGGUCUAUCGCGCCGACUUGGAGCAGGCAAUCGACAAGCUCCUGCACAUUGAGCUGCGUAAAUGGCUCCUGCUGGAGGGCAAUAGCCUGAAUGCCCUUAAGAACAUUAUCAAGAUUUUCAGAUACCUCAAUCCAUUGAACAAGGACGGUAAGCUAUUGCUGACGGAUCUGGACAAGUCGUUGAGCUCUAAGCAGAGUGUAAAGGGAGCUGACUUUGGCGACUUGGUUGAUUCCCUAGAGAAGGAUCGUAGGGUAUUCAAGGCGCGGCGAUACAUUGGCUGCAUCGGAUCACGUCCGCUUCUGCGCAGCUUCACCUGCUCCAUGUGGACACUGUUUCACCACUUGACCGUGGAGGCAGCUAAGCCACCCAAUUACUUCCAGGCGGGCUCAGUGCUGAAAACCUUUCAUGGCUUCGCCAAGUACUUCUUCGGCUGCACAGAUUGCUCGGAGCACUUUCAGCAGAUGGCCAUACGGCGCAACCUGACCUCGGUGAGCACUUAUGACGAGGAGAUCCUCUGGCUGUGGGCAGCCCACAACGAAGUCAACCAACGCAUUGCUGGAGACUCCACGGAGGAUCCCAAGUUCCCGAAGACUCAGUUCCCCAGCGCGCAGAAUUGCCCCUCCUGUCGGUCAAAUGACUCGGAGUGGCGAACAGAUGAGGUUCUUAAGUACUUGAAGCAGCUCUACGACAUCAAGAAUGUUAGCUUCUAUGGCCUGCCCACUCCACAGGGAUACGAUUAGGGACUUAUUGAACAAAUGAAGCCCAAACCUUAAAUAUGAAUACAAUCCAGCCAUCACUUUACGAAAUAAAUAUAAUAUAAAUAACACAAA